AGUUCAAACGCGUAGAGACAAACGAACUAAACUACAUUUUGAUCUACGAUACUUAACCUCAAUUAAAUUUUCGAAUUUCAAACAGAGACGUUUUUGAUUGAUGAAAUUGCUUUUUUUUACAAAAAAUAUCAAAAUCAAAUACAGUGGAAACAAUCCUUAUUUUUACUACCCUGUAGAUACAAUCAAUAGGAGAUUCCCACUAGGCUGAGUAUUGAUUUACAGAUCCUUGCUUCGAACCUUGCUGUUUUUUGCCCUGUUGCAGGCUGAACGCUUUUGGUUUUUUGUCAGUCCAUUAAUCGCCAUGGCUUUACCAUUUUGCAUUCUCCUGCUAGUAUUUAAAUUCACAACCGGUUCGGUUCUCCUAUGGAGCGGAAAAGAUAUAGUUGUACCGGCUUUAAGUAAAUUUACUAAUGACGACUUUAAGGAGCUACUGUACAGAAGCGAUAAUCCGCAAAUUGUCGUUUUCGGCUCGAAAACCUUGGAUUCCGCACAUAAGUUUCAAGAUUAUCUCGCCAAUGUGACGAGCAGUUACAUUAUUAACACACAACUUACGUUCGACAAUGUUCACAAGCUGUUGGGUAAUGACGAUGAUUCGAAAAUAAUCGAGGAUGGUUUGAAGCAGCUUGCAAAUAAAUCUAACAAAUUGGUGGUACUGGUAAUAGACGAGUCUAAAUUACGGGUUAGAAGGAAGACAGAUUCAGUGUCGACAACAGAAUCGAGCGAGGUCGAAUAUGUAGAGCCCAUAACUGGGCCAAUUUUGUACAGUGCCGUGCUGCCGACAGACAAAACAGUGGAGGCGAUGAUUUACUCGAGCAAACCACCGCUGCUUAAAAUUAACGGGAAUAAUAUCAACUUGGGAGACUCCACCAUUUCCAGUAUGGACAUUCGUGACGCCUACACUCGACUUGUACUCACGAUUCCGAUAUCUAACGGUAAAAUAUCGCUUCGUUUCCGAUUCGAUUGGCUCGGUGGAUAUUGGUACUUUAACUUCGUCGAGGUGGUUCUGGUGGAUGCCGAUCCCGAAGUGAAGAAGUACAAUCUGACUUUGAACACGGAAGUUAUGGCACCACGACGGUUCUCGUACCACUGCGGGGGUAGCGCGGUCUUCAUUGAUGCGGAAAAUAACGUUGAAUUGCACCUGUUCGACGUACAGGCACAACCGGACGCGCACAAUCACCGAUUUAGUGACGCCUACAAUUGCGUGCCGUUUACGACCGUACCGAUUUGGUCUGGAAUUUUUGUUACUUUCAUUAUGGGUCUCGGUCUUCUUGUGGGACUGACCGCUUUGAAUAGCAUUAAAACUAUGGAUAAAUUUGAUAAUCACAAAACGAAACAGUUAUCCAUUACAGUUUGGGAGUAGGUAGUCUUAAAAUCGUAUUUAUUUCAAUUUUCUACAGUUAAUAUCACAAUUUUUUGAACCAAGGGCGGAUUUAGCUAGGGGUAGAUUAAAGAAACCCGAAUUUUGGGAGUCUUAUACCAUUUCAAUUGUUUUGCAUACUUAAAUGUUAUAUGUUACACUGCACAAUUCAUGGGUAGGGUAAUUACCCCCAUUCUAUCCCCGUCCCCCUGCCCUCUGUAAAUCCGCGCUUGUGGCUAACUUAAUAAGUGCAACAACCACAUACAGAAUUUCGAUUAGGGGCAGUACGAUGACAUCAUUUUUUGUGGCAAUGCCUCUGAUAAAAUUUCCUCAUUCUUCGGACAAACUGUAAUGCUUUGCCUAGUCUCCAUUGCCUCAAUCUGAACUUUGGCCACGUAAAUUCGGGGACUUCUCAUCAAGCGCCACGUCAGCGGGUUUAUAACGCUGCUACGGUACCGCCACUCGAUAUCCACCGUUUUCAAAUGUGAAACCAAAUGGCCGGACACAACGGCCCGAUACUGUAGGUCAGGUCCGUGAUAACCGCCCUCAUUUAGAAUGACCUCUCCGGAAUGUGGACCCUUUCCGUCGCGUGUACUGUGAAUUUUGAAUACGAAUUGUCCGACUUCCCCUCCGUGUCGCUUACUCUCCGUCGAAUUGGAAAUGUCGACAGUAAUUCGAUAGUGGGCCCCUAAAAUUUUCCGUAAGCGACUGUAGCAGCUACGGUGGUACUUACGGCAGAAAGGCUCAUCGCUGCCCGUUAUCAGGUACUGAACCAAAUUUUUGUGAGGGCUAAUCUCUUUGGUUUUAAUUAAAUGGUCGUACAGCUCUCGCCCGUGGUAGCCGAACUUGAGGCAAUGCUGCCCGUUUUUGCCGCACUCGAAACAGGUGCCGCUUUUUAAAUCCUCGUAAGAAUUGCAGGCGAUACUCGUGAAGGGACAUUUCGAGUUGAUACUUUCUAUAAAGUAAUUGUAACUUCUGAUGUGAUUGCAGCCCAAAAACUUUCGAAUCCCUAAAACAAAAGAAUUUAAUGAUUAGGUUCCACUUCCAAGGAUGCUUCAGUAUUAAUUAUCGAUUAAUAGUUAAUUAAUUUGAUAAUGGAGUAUUUGAUUAUAGAUUAGUUGGGUAGUUGGAUUAUUUGAUGAAUCUUUGGUGAGGAGUGUUCGUGUGUAUCUUCUGGAAAGGGGUGGGCCAUUAUAAGUUCGAUCAUAUCUAUCUUUCGGUCCAAAGACGUGCUCAAUAUUCAUGCUUGAAUAUUUUUAUUACGGAAUUUACUUGUCAUUUAUACAAUGUGAUAGUGAAGAAUACAUUUAAAAAAAUUACAUUAAAUUUUUGCAAAAAUUUGAAAUUUUGGAAAUAUUUUUGUCAAAAUUCCUGAUGUCCUUUUAAUAAGGGCCGUCGGCCAUACCUAUGGAACCGUUAAUUGUACGUACAGCUUAGGGAAAAAAGACUGAAAGAAAUUGCUGGAAAUUAUUUUCCAGUUUCUAGGUUUGCUGCUGAAAGGCGUACGAUUCAUGACCAAGUAGAAAAAUGAUUUUUCUCCCAAAAUACACCCCCCAAACAUCCAUAUAAAAUUCAUACAUCGCAAUCUUGUAAUAAUUGUGCAUCAUUUUGAUGCAACACAUAUUACUCAAGCUCAUAAGAUAUAAUAAGGGAUGGCGGAAGGGAACAUCUCUUUAAGGAGUUGAAUGUAACUUCGGUUUAGGUAUUCACAUAAUAACCGCAUUUUGAUAUCUGUUUCAUAAAUAGAGAUAUGGCGAAAACACGCACUAAUUUUGCAAUAUUCAUCUAAGUUGGCUUUGAAACAAAAGAACACAUAAUAAGCGAUAAUUAAAAUAAUAAUUAAAAUUAACACUCACUAUAAAGUUUUUAAAUUAUGAGCAACAAAUAAAUUAUUCAAAUUUUCAGUCAGUGAAAUAUAAAUUAAUUAUUAAAUAUUAAAAAAAACAUAAAUUAUGGCUAACGUAAAUGUUCACACUCUCUGUCAUCAUUUUCGAUAAGACGACGUCUCUGCCGAGUAGUUUUUUGCGUGGAGUUGUGUUUCUUUUGUUUCAAAGCCAUUUGAAAAUUUGAAGUUUAUGUUAAUGUCAAACUGUGCCCUCUACCACUGAUCACAAGUACUAAAAAGACUCAAUUCACGUAAAUUCUGAUUGCACGAAGAGAGCUGUUAACCUAAACCGAAGUUACAUUCAACUGCUUAAAGAGAUGUUCUCGUUCCCCCACCCCUCGUAUUUUACGAGCUAGAGCAAUAAGUGCUGCAUCGAAAUGAUGCAAAAUUCACACAAGAUUGCAUGUUUGUUGUGUAUAUUUUAGGAAAAAAAAUCAUUUUUCUAGUUAACCAUGGAUCGUAUGCCCUUUAGCGGCAAACCUAGAAACUUGAAAAUAAUUUCCAGCGAUUUCUCUUGGCCUCUUUUGUUAACAUAAUCUUUUUCCCCACCCUGUACACUUCAAUAAAUAAGUUUAUUAUUAGCUUAUUUAAUCUUAUACUUAGAUAUUGAGUUUACUGUAGUUAUGCUGUAGGUACGUUCAGUAGUUAAAUGGGUUCUAACCCCCAAUAAUAAGAUUAGCAAAUCUAUUAAUAAUAAUAUCGUUAUUUGGUACUAAUUUGUACCAUGGAUAUCAAACCGAAGUUGGAAAGAGCUGUCUUCGUGCAAUCAGAUUUUGAGAUUGAGUCCUUUUAGUAAUUGUGAUGAGUGGUAGAGGGCACGGUUUGACUUUAACAUAAACUUAAAAUUUUCAAAUGGAAGGAAAAUACGCAAAUUUAUAAAUUUAGAUUGCAAUAUUAAUCCGAGGUGGCUUUGAAACAAAAGAAACACAACGCCACGCAAAAAAACUACUCGGCAGAGAUGUCGUCUUAUCGAAAAUGAUGACAGAGAGUGUGGACAUUUACGUUAGCCAUAAUUAUUGUUUCUUUUAAUAUUUAAUUUAUAUUUCACCGACUUAAAAUUUGAAUAAUUCAUUUGUUACUCAUAAUUUAAAAACUUAUACUGAGUGUUAAUUUUAAUUAUCGUUAUUAUGUGUUCUUUUGUUUCAAAGCCAACUUGAAUGAAUAUUGCCAAUUUAAAUUUGUGAAUGUGCGUAUUUUCGCCAUAUCUCUCUGCUUGCAUUGCAGUUGAUGACCUUUUCUGAAACCGACUUGAAUGUAAUGGUCAGUCUUUGCACUUGAUUAAGCCAAGAAUGAAUUACUCUUUCUAGGAGCUUCGAAAUAGUUGAUACUAAGCUGCUUGUUCUGAGCUGUUUUGAUACCUUUCUUUUCCUUUCCCAGUUUAGGGAACAUUAUUGCAUGUUCCUGUCAAUUUGGGAAAUACCCUAAUCUUAGCCAUGCAUUCAAAAAUUGUUACCAAAUAGGCGCGAGUUUUUUAAUAUGAUAUUGGGCAUUGUAUCAUUGCCAGGCGAGUUCUAAGGUGAUAUAGGGUUUUGAUAAUUAAAACGAGUUCCUUGGGUUCCUAGGUUAUUAAAAGCCUGGUCGGUGUAGUUGUGAGGAGUGAAGAUGGUUUGCGAAGGCCUCACUUGUUUCUUUAGUCCUAGAUCACCAGGUUCGAGAGUUCUAAUAUGUUUUUGAUAUGAGUAGAUUCGAUAUACUUUGAGCAGGUGUUUGAUACUGUGCGAUAAAUUAUUUAGUUUUUUGUUGUUGUGUUAGCUAUUCCUCCAUUCUCUCUCUUUCCCUUUUUUCUAUCUCUACUCCCUUAAUUCUUAUGUUUUUCUUUUGUCUCUUUCUAUUAUUUCAUUUUCUUCUUCUGUUUGUUUAUCCGCUUCUUUUUCCUUAUCAUAUUGCUCUUCCCUUCUCUUAUUCUCUUAUUUUUUCAAUUUGCCCAUUUGCCCCAAAUAGGGACUUCUGAUUAUCCAUUCUCUUCUCAGUUCAUUCUUUCCUUGAUUAAGUCAAGUAGACAGGGUCCUACAAUAGUACAUUGGUCUUCCCUAGCUCAUACGUCUUAAAAAAUAUUUUAAAAAACCGUGGUGCAUCUAUAGAAACUAUUUUUGAAUGUACAGGGUGUCCCAUUUUUACGGUUUAAGUAAUUUUUUGAAACAAAACACCCUGUAUAUUUUUUACAUGUUUUGAUGUCAUUUGUUUGAACGCUAUUCACUUUUUGAUUUUUUGUCAAUGUUGCCAUCUUAUUAAGUUUUUUUCGAAUAAUUCCGCAAGCCCUACUUUGAUUUUUGAACUUCGGAAAUACCUUCGAGUAAUGAUUUUAAUUCUAGUAAAGGGCUACACUUGAUAAUCAGAAAGUUGGAUUUAGUGAUGCAGGAUGUUCACAAGGAAAUCGUAAAGUUUCCGAAUUUCAAAGUGCCAUAACUAUUUUAUUUCGUUAUUCGAUAGUCUGUUGUGUUCUCCUCAAUUUUUAUAAAGGAUGUUCAGUGUCUAAACCCCGUAGUUUUUAGAAUAUUUUUCACAAAAGUGCCUGCCCCUUAAUUAAUUACAUGUGGGGCCAUUUCUUCUAAUCCACUGGUUGGGAAAAGUUUCAUAAGGUACAUUUACCGAAAAAUGAGCAGGGGCCCCAUCCUGUUGUAGCCGCAUGUUAUGUCUUGUGUAUUGAGGUACAUCGGCUAUAAUAGGCUGGGUCAGUCAUAUUGCAAGAAAUUUAAAUACAUUCCCUUCAACAAUUCCUCCCCAUACAUUGAAAGACCAGCGACGCUGAUGGUCACGAAUAAUAGCUCUGAUCUCUCACGUAUUCCGGUUGCUUCACCGAUGUUUUUUCGGCUCAUAUGUGGAUACUCAGGUACAGUUGAGUUGAGUUUUCUUCUUUCGUGUUUACGUACUUCACACUUCCCUGUUCAAUAAAUCGAUGAAGUACAUUUCUGCAACUUUUUUCUUCUGGAUGUAUUCUUUUUGGAUAACGUGACGCAUAAAUUCUACCCACUAAUAAGCAAUUUGUACCAGUCUCCCCUAGUUAAAGAUCAUAUUGACUAGUUCAUCUCUUUGAUUAAUCUUAUUUUAUUAUGAAAUAGGAAGUACACUUGCAGCAAAUGUCAAUUUGUGACACUUGUUUGGCAUUCUUUUGUUUUUAUUAGCACGGCCUACUUCGGUGCAUAAGCAUAUAAUUAAUUUAUGGGUGGAUACUUUUGUAGAAAACAAUUGAAUAACAUAAAAAUCAUAAACGUAAAAAGUACGGGGUUUAGACACUGGAUAUCCCUUAUAAAAAUUGAAGGGAACACAACAGAUGAUAAACAAUUAAUAGCGAAAUAAAAUAGUGGUAGUUUCAUUUGAAAAAAAAAAAUUAUAUAAUUAUUACUACAAGUUGUUAAAUCACGAGCAACAAAUAAAUUAUUCGGAAAAAUUAAUAAGAUGGCAACAUUGACAAAAAAUAAAAAAAUGCAUUGUUUUCGCGCUGUAGAGGUUGACAAAUGACAUCGAACAUGUAAAAAUAACAGGGUGUCCUAUUUAAAAAAAUCAUUUAUUUACACCGUCACACCCUGUACAUUCAAAAAAAAUUUCUAUAGGUGCGCAACCAUCUAUAGUUGAUGCCCACACGGUUUUUUUUACAUUUUUUUACGAGGAAUGAGCUAGGUGAUUGGUUGUCAUUUUUGUUUUUUCUGUUUACCAUAUCUUUGGUAGGUAAUUGUUUCAUCUAUGUGGGUUGGGGUUUGAAGUUUGGCGGGGUACUUGAGUUGUUAGUCGAGAUUCCACCUCCAAAAUUGAUUUGAUAGUUGGCUGGUUAAAAGGUAAUCGUACAAAAUGAGUACAACGUAAUGAACUCAGAAAAAUACUCAUAAUAAGAAUAACUCAAUCGAUUAUCAAAUAUCGAUAAUCAAUAAUGAAAUCAAAACAGGGUGUGUUAUAUUAUAAUUAAAUUUUCUCCCGAGUAUCUCACCUCUAAAAAAACUCCCACUUCCACUUAUAUGCUGGGCCACCGCACGAUCGCAACCCGGUUGACUACUUCCCCCAUUCGGAUAGUAAUCGACGUGACCGAUCUUUUCGACUAUACCGAAUCCGCCUCGUAUAAAAGCGGACGCGUCCGUAUGUAUUACGUCGACGUAAUCGGCGGCGGUGUGAUCCAAUCGCACCGGCGCCUGCGCGCGUGCGAAGUGAGGUUCGGCCGGAUCCAAACCAGUUAUUCGACCCAAUCUCAAAUUGAAAUCCUACAAAAUUACCGUGGAGUUGCAUUCGAACCACUACACGCUCACCUUCUCCAGCGCAUAUCCGAUGUAGCCGGAGAGAUGUGCGCCGAGUGAGUGACCGAUGCAGUGGACAUGUUUCAACCGUUGCUCGCCGGUGUGUCGUGCCAGGUCGGCUAGUAAAUGGGCCGUAAUCGUUCCGACAACUCGAAUGUUAGCCACCGCCUGUGAGUAAGGCGGGUCGGAUCCGCCGUGCCAGUCGAUUACAAUUAUAUUACAGUUCUCCCUUAUCAGCAGUUCCUUCACCAGUCUUUUAAUCUGGAAAUUCUCGCUCAAUUUCACAAGGCAAACGGACUAAACGUACCCAAGUCUGUCCGCCGCCCUCUAGAAACCCGUGGGCUAUUGUGUACGUCGGCAGGAGAGCGUCGAUAUUGUUACUUAGCACAAAAUCAAAAUCGUCCAAAUCGAUGUGCACCGCCUCUGUUGGAUUAACGCGCGAGUAGUAGAGAUAAUUCGGUUCUAUCUGAAAAUUGAGGUUGAGUCGACCUUCUUCGGGCUCUUCUUGUAUACCUUGCUUAAAUCUUCGGGGUACAGUGCGAUGGGACGGUGCUCCGAAAUCCACGGCGGAGACAGCUCGAAGCAGCCGUAACUUCCGAAACAUUUGCUCGCGUUCAUUGCUGCAGUAUAAAACACUUAAGACUCGGAAGUGGCCUUUACCCUUACCUUUAUCUAUGUCCGUGUAGUAAUAACUAUAUGCGCUCUCCUGCUGUUGCACCGCACUUUGAUUCAUCACAUAAAUCAACGUAUGCAUAAAUACAGAUCCGUUGGCAAUCAUUCUCGUGUAGCAGUUUGUUUUCGUUUGAAGAAUUGAAAGUGUGCUUUCGCUUGGACAUUGUUAUCUCCGGUUUCAAAGUUCAGAGGUGAAAUGCCAGAGUAGACGUAAAUAUAAGAUAGAUAUUUUGUUUUCCUUAUUCUGAUAGAGGGUAUGUGUGUCUUUGAAAUUGAAGAUAGUGCGAAGAACUUAUCUUAGAAUUGUAUUAUUAUGUCUACUGAUUGACGUAACCAAAACACGUAUGCUGUCAGUUAGGUCAUAAACAUGUUUUGGAAAUCCGACAUGUCGUUUAUCAAUGUGAAUAGAUUUUUGUUUUGCUCUUUUACUGACGUUAUCUGUUUCUCACGUGUUUGUUAAUGUUUCUUUGUGAAAAUAAAUGUAGUAGGAGUUUGA